AUGCAUGGAAGGGAGAAACGCAGACUUGAAUUGGAGAGAGAGCUUUUUGCCUAUUGCAGAUCUGAUAAAAGGGUUUCACAGAUAAAGUGUGCUAAGCUACGCAGAUACCUGAGGGACAUUUCUGACAGAGAGGAGAGAGCAAAAAUGAGAAAUCUUGAUCUUCUGCGGGAGGUUUCGAGCAUAGAAAUGAGUAUGAAGAGGUAUCAUCCUGACCCAGGACCUCUGAUGCAGAUGAAGGCUGAUGUCAUGAGUGAAAUUUCCAAAUGUAUGGACACAAAAACAAACCAUAAGACUACAUUUACAAAGAUAAAACAAAUGGAUUGUCAACCCUUUCCUCAUUCAGUUAACAAUCCGGCUAUGCUAAGUGUUGUGCAUCAGCAGACACAAGUUAGUCCAAGGUCAAGCCCAGACCAUAUCCUGCCCUAUUCUCCUAAGAGCAGCCGACAUGUUCCUGAACAUCUAGAUAGCUAUGGUUUGAAUGACCAACAUAAAAGGAUGACAUCAGAGCUCCCAACUGCUCAAAACGACUCUGAAUGUAAUGAACACAAGCCUCCCCCUGCAGCACCACUAACAGCAGCUGACGACAGCCCAUCUCCCUCCAGCCCUGGGCCUGUCAGUGCUGCAGAGCUCAUUGGAGAGAGAAAAUGCACCUCUCUGUCACCAGGAAAAGAAAUAGCAGAAAGAUGCUCUAAAAACUCGGUUCCUGAAAAUAAUACUGAAAAUAAUGAAAGUUCACUGUCCUCAGAGGUGAACUUGUCAUCAAGCAAAUCUAGUGCUUUGUCCCUUUCGCUGACACAAUCUGAACUGGAUGAAGAUCUACUGAAGAGUGAGGAACAGGAUUCCUUUGAAGACGGAGAUGAUCGACACAGUCCAAAUACAGUCUCUGAAAGCUUGUCCCAGAAAGGUCUCUUCAGGCUGAUGGACACCAUUGAAGGACAGCUCCAUGAUCACCAAAGCACUGUGUAUAGUAUUCAUUCCAUUGAUGCAGAAGAACUCAACAGAAUUAUUAGCCUUUGUAACCGUGGAGAGGACUUGAAUGGUGAGGACUCUACAGCUUGUGGAGCAGUCGUCCUCCAUGAGCUGCAGAGGUUGUCAUGGAGUACUGAGAAGGGCUGCCUACUUCCACAGGAUGUAGUGAGUGCACACCAAUCCUGCAACGAAGCAAACCAAAUCAGCGACUGUCUCCCGCCUGAUGCCGCUCAGCUGUGGGAUCGCUGGUUCAAGCACGCCCUUCUGCUCAAGGAGCAUCAUGUCCUCAGUACUAAGGACUUGGUCCAGCUGUUCACGCCACUGUUGCUGGAGCGCCAUGCCACAUACGGCCACCAGGCCAAAGUGCUACUGAGGACACUUCUGUCCCGGUCCAGUGAGGAGUGCCCCUCAGCAGAGGACGAGAGCAAUGUGUCUUCCUUUGGCCCUGAUUCCAAAGUUGGGACACAACCUCAGUUACGACACAGCCCAGAACAACAAAGUAGUGGAGAGGAUAGCCUGGACCAAAGCCCUGUGGAAAGUGUUCCUAUUAAAGCGUCAAAAGCUUAUCAAUUGCUCAAACAAUCAGCCAUGCAGAAAAGGAUUCCUAAUAUGAAAGAAGAUGAUGAAGAAGAAUGUGAUCUCUUAAGAAUAAAUGAGCAUGAAGAGGACUCGGGGUGGGCCAAUCGCUCCUUACAUCAAGACCCUUACUCCGGAGCUCGGGGAGCGAACUCAAAGGCUCAUUCUGCUCUUCAGUCAAAAGCAAUCUUGGAAGAAUCGGAUGACAGCGACUCGGAGAUCGAAGCAGCCUUACGUCCUCAACCUUUCAGCACAAACAGUGUUGGAACUGGUGACUUCUUCCACUAA